AUGGCUCCAUUCACUACCAAUACUGCUAACUUAUCAUUCCAUACUCAUGCUUUCAGAUCUUAUGAUCACUCAUUCAAUAGUUUCCCAUCUGCAAAACAAUCAAAUCAUAGUAAUACAGUGAGGAGGAUAAAGCUGAAUAGUGUGAUAAGGAUGAGAGCCAUCAGAGAUGAUCAUGAUUCUUCUUCUUCUUGUUUUCUUCCAACAAUGACUUUGUAUGAUGUGUUGUGUGUUCCACAGAGCGCUGAAUUGGGUGAAGUGAAGAAGGCGUACAGGGAGAAGGUCAGAAUAUACCACCCUGAUGUCUGCCCGCCUGAGGAGAAAGAAAAAUCCUGCAAAAUGUUUCUUCUAGUGCAGGAGGCUUAUGAGACUCUGUCUGAUCCCAUGCUAAGGGCUGAUUAUGAUUUGAACCUCCUUUUCAAUCCUCAGUUAUUGUUGUCACAGAAGAGAAAUAUGAAGCCCAACUGGGCAGAUCAGAUUGAAAGUCUUAGAGUGAGGUCGAGGAGUGGUGAGAGGAAGACAUGGGGAGAGAAAAUGCGGCGCUCCAGAGAAGAAAUGGCGGCGCAUUGA